GAAACCCUAAUCCACCUUUACUGCCACCUUCCUUAGCGGCAGAUACAGAGAGUGUGAGAGAGAGAGAGAGAUUCUCCGCCAUGGGUAGAGUCAUCCGCGCACAGCGUAAGGGUGCUGGAUCCGUCUUCAAGUCCCACACCCAUCACCGCAAGGGCGCUGCCAGGUUCCGCAGCCUCGACUUCGGCGAGCGCAACGGUUACCUCAAGGGUGUGGUCACCGACAUCAUCCACGACCCCGGCCGCGGUGCUCCACUCGCCAAGGUGACUUUCCGCCACCCAUUCAGGUACAAGAAGCAGACGGAGCUGUUCGUCGCUGCUGAAGGUAUCUACACCGGCCAGUUCAUCUACUGCGGGAAGAAGGCCACACUCGUCGUCGGAAAUGUUUUGCCACUCAGAUCCAUCCCCGAAGGAGCUGUCAUUUGCAACGUCGAGCAUCACGUUGGUGCAUUUGAUAGUUUGGCUGAGUUAAAGCACGGUCAAUUAGAAUUGGUUAUAUGUGUUUUUCAUUUUUGUUGCAGGAUCAAGCUCCCAUCUGGUUCAAAGAAGAUUGUGCCAAGUGGAUGCAGGGCCAUGAUUGGACAAGUUGCGGGUGGUGGAAGAACUGAGAAGCCACUCCUUAAGGCUGGUAAUGCUUACCACAAAUUCAGGGUCAAGAGGAACUGCUGGCCCAAGGUUCGUGGUGUUGCUAUGAAUCCAGUUGAGCAUCCCCACGGUGGAGGUAACCAUCAACACAUUGGUCAUGCCAGUACUGUUAGGCGUGAUGCUCCACCUGGCCAAAAGGUCGGUCUCAUUGCUGCAAGGAGGACCGGUCGUCUUAGGGGCCAAGCUGCCGCCACUGCUGCUAAGGCUGAUAAGACCACUUGAAGUUUUUAGGACUUUCUUUGAUUGCAAGUUUCCAAAUUUUGUUUCUUUCAUAGUUUAGGUUGAACUGUUUGGGUGCUAUUUUGAGAAUCAUUUCCCCCAUAAAUAUGAAGCUUUUGAUUGACAGUA